AGGAACCCGGGCGCCGUUUUCCAGAAGCCACCGGGCCGGAGGCGGUCGCGGAGCUGGGCGGUACGCGUGGGUGGGGGCUGGGCCGGGGGAGGGGAGUGCAGGAACUUUGAAACUCAGCCUCGAGGGCCCGCGGUGACAUUCCUGGCAGCGCCGCGAGCAGGCCAGCCUCUGGCGGCCGGACCGAGGGAGAGCCGCGCAGAGACGCCGCGGGAGGCAGCAGUGUCGCCUUCCCGAGAGAGACCCCUGGCUGGCCGCUGCGGCGCGCGGGAACCAGACGGCGUAAGACUUGUCCUCGGGCAUGGGCCUCUUCUCGCUGGAGCCCUUGCUGCCGCAGCUACUCAGCUUCCAGGGCCUGGCCCUCGCCGCGGCCCUGCUGCUCGGGGUCUUGUGCCUGAGCGCCAGGCGCACCAGGAGACCUGGUGAGCCUCCAUUGAUAAAAGGCUGGCUUCCUUACCUUGGAGAGGCCCUGAACUUCCAAAAGAAUCCUUUAGGUUUCAUGAAAACACUUCAAAAGCAACAUGGUGACACUUUCACUGUUCUCCUUGGGGGAAAGUAUAUAACAUUUAUCCUGGACCCUUUUCAGUACCAGUCAGUGAUAAAAAACCACAAAUUAAGCUUUCGAAUAUUUAGUAAUAAACUCUUAAGGAAAGCAUUUUCCAUCAAAAAGCUGGAAACCAAUGAUGACCUGAACGAUGAACUUCACGUCUGCUAUCAAUUUUUACAAGGGAAAUCUUUGGACAUACUCACAGAAAACAUGAUGCAGAAUUUAAGACAAGUGCUUGAACUCCACCUACUAAAAGCCACAGAUUGGGUCAUGACACCGCUGUUGGCAUUCUGCAACUCAGUGAUGUUUGAGAUCACAUUUACAACCAUAUAUGGAAAAAGUCUUGCUGGUAGUACGAAGAAAUUUACUACUGAGCUAAGAGAUGAUUAUUUAAAAUUUGAUGACAAAUUCCCGUAUUUAGUAUCAGACAUACCCAUAGAGCUUCUAGGAAAUGUCAAGUCUAUUAGAAAUAAACUGAUAAAAAACUUGACAUCAGAACACUUAGCUAAGAUACAAGGAUGGUCAGAAGUUGUUCAAAUGAGGCAAGAUAUCCUGGAGAAAUACUAUACGCUCGAGGACCUUGAAAUAGGAGCACAUCAUUUAGGCUUUCUCUGGGCCUCUGUGACAAACACUAUUCCAACUAUGUUCUGGGCGAUGUAUUACCUCCUACAGCACCCAGAAGCUAUGGCAGUGCUGCGUGACGAAAUUGACCAUUUGCUGCAGUCAACAGGUCAAAAGAAAGGGUCUGGAUUUCCCAUCCACCUCACCAGAGAACAAUUGGACAGCCUGGUCUACCUAGAAAGCACCAUUCUCGAGGUUUUACGACUAUGCUCAUUCUCAAGCAUCUUCCGUUUUGUUCAAGACGAUUUGACUAUACAUUCAGAGCCGCAGGACUACUGUCUGCGAAAGGGGGACUUGGUCGCCAUCUUUCCUCCGGCCUUACACUAUGACCCGGAAAUCUUUGAAGCUCCAGAGGAGUUCAGAUUUAAUCGUUUUGUAGAAGAUGGUAAGAAGAAAACCACCUUUUUCAAAAAAGGAAAAAAACUGAAGUGUUACCUAAUGCCAUUUGGAACUGGAGCCAGCAAAUGUCCAGGCCGAUUUUUGGCAAUUAUUGAAAUAAAGGAAUUGUUGGUUGUACUUUUAACUUAUUUUGAUUUAGAAAUAAUUGAUGAUAAACCUAUAGAAGCAAACUGCAGCCGUUUUCUGUUUGGUAUUCGGCAUCCAGCCUCUGAUGUUUUAUUUAGGUACAAGGUAAAAUCUUAAAGAAGCUGAAAAGAAAGAAAAGAAAUCUAUCAAAACUAACCUAAAUGUCCUUGGCUUAUCAAUUUGUUUUGAAUUUCUGCAAAUGUAAUUGCUUUGUUUGUUUGUUUAAGAAGUGUCAAUUUAUAUUUGAUCUGUGAUCAGUCCAGUCUGCACAAAACCUAUCAUAAAAUAAAAUAGAAUGUCGACAUGAAAAUGGACAUCAAAAUAAGCAUAAUGAUAAACUCAAAAUAGCUUUUUUAUGUUUUUCUACAUACUGUGAUUUUCGCCUGUCAUAGUAAAUGUACCGCAAUAAAUUUGGCACUGUGGGAUUUUUUAAGUCAUUCAUGUUCUUUUCUAAUAUGUAAAACCACACUUUAUGUACAACUGGAAAUUUGUGCUAGAAAUGGACACAGUCUAACAAAUGCAAAAUUCUCAGAGAAGAAGGAAAUUAAAUUUUCAUGAGAUAAACCGGAUGAAAAUGUUCCCUUCAAGUGUAAUAUCAAUAAUAUCUAUAGCGCCUGAGUACGUUUGCAUUAAAUGAGUUUUGCAGUAGAUUAAAUGCUUCAACUUCACUUCAAUAUUUAAUCAUCCAUAAAUGUUCUUUAUCACUUUGUAUACUAUGGCUCAAUGCAACAAAAUUUCUUGUUAUGUAAGACCACUCAUGUUAAGUUAGAUACUGAUAAGAUGUAUAAGAACACACAAAACCUAUUGCAGAUUCAGCCGUUGCCCGAGACAUUAGUAUCAGGUCUGUUGUUAGGAGCAAAUGUUGAAAUCGUUACAUGGUAGUGUUUGGUUUCACUGUCAACUGGAAGGGUUGUAUCAGCAUUGCAAUGAACUCUUUCCUAGAUGCUUCCAUUUAUAUAAACUGAGAAACUCGAUAGCAGGAUUUGUUCUUGACACGUCAUCUUUUGGACUUGGAGCUUAUUUGGAUUGAUUAUGUAAUGCAAUAUAAUUUUAUAUGCCAUAACGCAGCAUUGUGUCCAUGAUUCAAAGCUUUCUCAUUUCAGGGUACCAAGGGAUUAUUGGGCAUCUGGCAUAAAUGAUGAUACUGUGUAUAAUCAGGAAAAGCAGGUAAUAAAAUUCAGUUAAUUUGUAUCGCAUGAUUGGAACUUCUACUAUUUCAGCAUUGUGCUAUUGUUUUUAAAAAGGCGGUUGAGGGGCGCCUGGGUGGCUCAGUCGGUUAAGCGUCCGACUUCAGCUCAGGUCACAAUCUCGCGGUCCGUGAGUUCGAGCCCCGCGUCGGGCUCUGGGCUGAUGGCUCAGAGCCUAGAGCCUGCUUCCGGUUCUGUGUCUCCCUCUCUCUCUGCCCCUCCCCCGUUCAUGCUCUGUCUCUCUCUGUCUCAAAAAUAAAUAAAAAACCUUAAAAAAAUUUUUUUUAAAAAGGCGAUUGAUUUUUAAAAUAACAUUAUAAAGUACAAUACUUAAUAGUAAAUAGAUGUUCUAGCAUUCAUAUUCUCCUUCUUAAAGUACAUGCUCUACACAUUUCUUAGUGAGGUUCUGCUGGUCUAAACUCUGAUUUUUGCUUGAUUGGAAAUGUCUUUUUUGCCCUCAUCCUUAAGAGAUGACUUUGCUAUGCGCACAAGUCUGUUUCCUCACGGCACUCUGAAGAUACUGCAUAGUCUUCAGGCUUCUGUUGCUGCUGUCAAGAGGUUAGCCUUCCGUCAGUUUAAUUAUUCAAAGGGUAGUCUGCCUCUUCUCUCUGAUGGCAUUAACGUGUUCUUUUUGUCUUUGCUGUUCUUGGUCUUUCUGUAUCAUGCUUGCAUGUCACAGUGCCUCUUGAGUCUGAGAAUAUGGGUCUUUUAUCAGGUGGGAAAAAUUCUCAGCCAUAAUGUCAGAAUAAUACCUCUCCCAGAGUCUGUAUUAGAGCAUCCCACUCGAUACUCCAUGUUGUUUGACAUUUUCUCCCCAUGUUUUCUAGCUCUAAUUUAUAUUCUAGGUAAUUGGUAUAGAUCUCACUCUCACGGUGUACCUAAUCUGCUCUUUAACUCAUCCAUGGAGUUUGUUUCUUGCUUCUUAUUUCACCUCAGAGGAUUGAGUAAUCCUACUCCUUAUCCUUCUUAUUCAUGGUACACACUUAUGAUUUGUCCAAGCAAGACCCCUCUGGCCUUAUCUACUUACUCUAUCUUAUUAUCCCUUAUCUUCACCAUUAUACUCCUCCCCAUCAUAAACGUUCUGAUGUGUUUGAUGCUUAUCUUUUUAUUAGUAUGUAUUUUUAUAAAACAUAUUACCUGUGUGCAGGUUAAUUUACAUAAGUGCUUUUUCUAUACAUGAGAUCCUUCUUUUUUUAUUAAGCCCUAUGUUUUUAAAGAUCUAUCCAUAUUACUAUACACACACACACACACAUACAUGCACACACACAGAUACAUACGUAUAUUUAAUAUGUUUCUUCUAACUGCUGUUUAGUAUUCCAUAACAUGCACCCACAGUGUUUUAAUGACCUCUUCACCCCACGAUGGAAAUUGUAUCCAUGGGAAACUUAAUUUGGGGGGGAGGCCAGAGCAGGAGCUCUACCCCCACCUGUCUUCCCACUGCUGUGUGCAGCCAUCCUUCACCCUGGGCUGCCACAGACUCUGUCCCCAACCAUGGUACCACACCACACCAAACACACACACACACACACACACACACACACACACACACACACACAGUUUGUGACUGCCUUCAUUCUCCCCAAGAUGUUCUAGAUUUGUUAUGUUCCAUCCUUAGAUCCUUAUGAUCCUCUCCUUUCUGUGGGUUGAUUUUGAGUCAGGUGCCAGCUGCCAACUUAGCUUUCAGUUUUUCUUCUGAUCCCACUGAGUUUGCUAAGUUCAAUGAUUAAUUUUGUUCUUCCUAUCUGCCUGGUCCUUUUCUAUGUCUUUUUCCUUUGUCAUACAGUCAAUAUCCUCUUUCAUUUCUUUAAGUAUAUUAAGAAACCUAUUUUAUGUUAUGUAUCUGAUAUUUCUAAAUCAUUAGUAUUUUGUGGGUCUGAUUCUGUGUCUGUUAGUUUAACUCUUACUCAGUAUAACUUGUUUAUUGAGCCCGUAUUCCUUGGAAUUUUAUCUCUGGAAAAUUUUUAAGACCUGAGUUUUAAGGUUCAUUCCUUUGGGGAGAAGUUGAGUUUCUUUUGUGUGAGUACUGAUGUUAUUAUCAAACUCAGAUCACUUUAAGUUUUCAGCUUGAGUACUUUGAGAGGAAAUGAGGGAUGGGAAAUAUAUGGGUAAUGUGGGUUAUAACCCUAAAUCAGCUACAAAGCAGUUCUGUGAUAAGGAAUAGACAGGAGAGACUUUCUGCUUUGGGGAUUUUUUUUCUUUUCCCAGAGCCAUCAGCGAGAGAGGCAGAUCUAGUCAGUCUUGCUGUGGAGCGAGGUUUCCUUCUAGUUCACCAACCAAGGAUGUUCCUUUUGCAAGUUUUUGGCUUGGUGCAGCAAUCUUGGAUUUCACACACACUCCCAACUUAGGCCCUAGGUUUUAUCUUCUGCCUGCCACAAAGCGUAGCCCAUUCUUUUUGUAGUAGGAGGACAACUAGUCCACCAUAUUCCCUGAAGGAGAAGCUACCAUAUUCUUCCAUUUGUCUCCGCAGUAUACUCUGUCUUACAGCAGAGAGAGCAUGGGAAAUUAUUCAGUUCUAAUUUCUGCUUAACUCCAAAGUGUGUCCAGGAAUUUAGAAUAGAAAGUAAGGAUAAACAAAAGGGUUGAGAAAAUAUUAUAUAAAAGGAAUGGGCAGUAGAAGCAAAACAGAAUCAUGUCACAGGCUUACAUGUAGGAAUUAAAGAGUGUUUAUGAAUAGGAAAAAAAAUGUCAUGUAGAAAUAAGCUAAAAGACAUGGAUUCUAGCUGUGAUAUGACUAGUUUGUUAUCAUCGACCAGUCAUUUUGCUUCUCAUUGCUUCAGUUCCUUAAUUGCAAAAUAAAAAUAAUAAGGCCUUUUUGAAAUGAGGGUUCAUGAUGAGAAUUAAACAUAGUGAGACGUGUGAAUUUAUUUUGAAAAGUGUAAUGCAAUAUGCAAACAUGAAGUUGUAAAGGAGAUACUUUAACAAGGUUGCACCUUUUAAAAACUGUUCUUAUAUAUUUGUUAAAGGGAAUAUUUUUUUACUCAUCAUAUAGUUCAUUAUUCAAUCAAACAUUUAUUGAGCAUUGCCUCUAUUCUAGACAUGAGGCUGUGCACUGGAUUACCCUUCUUCAAGAACACACAAUUUAUUAGGGAAAACCACACACACAACCAAUUUAUUAUAAGUGUCGUUGGAAGUAAUAAAUUCAUCUCUUUAAAAGGGUUCUAAAAUUCUGAUUUACCACUAGUUCUAACUAAUCUUCCAUCAGUCAUUCCAGAGUCGUAUUCUGUAAUGAGAAAUUACCAUGUGCAUAAUUAUGCACAAUAAAACAUAUACAUCAGGUAUUGUGAUUAUAUGAUAAAAAUAGCAAACCAAACACAGUCAUUGAGGCUCCAGAAUCUUUUUACAAACUAUAUUUUAUAUAUCAUAAAAACUCUUUCUUUUUCAUUUUUACAGCCCCUCCCCUAGUUUCAAAUUAAAGGAAAUGAAUAAUAAUAUUGUUUUAUAUAUCAAUGGCUAACAGUAACGAAGCAUUCAGUUGGCAAAAACUUAAUGCUCUGAAGAUAUUAAGAAAAAAAGCUAUUUACUACUAAAAUAAGGCACACUGCUAAGCAACCCAUGUGGGGACAUCUGUCUGCCUUGUUCUGGCUUUCCUGGAACACUUAAUUAUAUUUUCUCCAUUUUAUCAUUAAGUUUGGGGUCACAAGUCUAAGGUAAAAGAGUUUCUAUACUCAAAAUCUGCAUGAUUACUUCUGUUUAUUUUCUCACAAAAAAAAAAUAAUUUGGGUAACACUUCCUGUAAAUGACUUCUAAUUUAACAGUGGAACCUUAAAACCAAUUUCAAAGAUCAAAGCACAAAAAUUAUUUAAGUUUUGAUCUUAGUAUAAAAUAAUGUCAAUAAUGAUAAAAUAAGAACUCUAUGCCCUUAGAAUAUGCACUGUUCUUAACCUAUUAAAAUCACCCAUAUUGCAAACUAUUAUUUACUUGAACUGCAUUAUUAGGUAUUCAUAUUCACAUACUCAAUUAAGAAAAAGUUAGCAAGCCAAGAUUACAUUCCCUGUAGCAUUAUUUUAAAUUAUAAUGAGUAAUCACAUAAAACUCUCUACUAUUUCUCUAACGCAAUUAUUACUUACUUUGCUUCAUAGUGUUAAUCUAAAUCAGUGAUCAUUGAUGUUUGGGCUUUUUAGCUGAAACCUUUAUUUUGUUUAUAAUACUUUCUUGAGUAAGAUGAAUUUAAUUUGUGAAAAAAACUACUGCACAAUUUUAAAAAGGAGAUAAUUUGGCAAUGCUGAUGUUUAACAAUAUUUUUUAGUCAAAGGGAAGUGCUGUAUGUUAUAAAAAAAACUGUUGUUCUGAAUUGUUCGUUUAAUAUCUUUUGAUUUUAAAAUGGUAUAUAUGUGGAUUUAUGAGGAAGCAAAUCUUAAAAAGGCAUUAGAUUAGAAAUGCAAAUGCUUUGUAAAUCUACUUAGUUAUCUUUUAUUUACAACGAUAAUUCAAUAAAUUAACUUUUAAAAC